GCUGCCUCGACGCCGGCGACGAUGGUCGGCCUCGCCCGCACACGGACUCUCCGCGAUGUCGCACUCAUAUUCCUUGGCGCGGCGGCCAUGCACUUCACCACGAGCUUCGUGGGUCCCUUGACGGAUCACACCAGCUCGAUCGUGGUAAAGACCCAGGUCAGCUCGGAGUACGACACCGACCAGCAUAACAUAUUCGCAGCACCACCAGCGCAGCACGAUGCACACAAGCAACUCCACGUCGACCAUGUGCCGGCGCCAGUACUCCAGGAACAUCGAGAGCCUGCGCAGGAACCAAUCAAGUCGCCUGCGACUGUAGAUACCUCUUACACGAUACCCGAGACCACCAUCCUGUCUCACGCGCCAGGCUGGACUGUCUUCCGCAACAUUUACAUGUCGAACGGUACGAUGUACAUCGUCACGUCGCGUCCUUCCUCUUUCCCCGACAUCACUAUGAUGACCUCCACUGGGCUCGCUGCGGAAAACACACCGGAAAACAUCGCUGCGCGCAUGCCCACAGCCGAGGAUAUGGCAUUCAUUACACCACAGGAAGCGCAGGACUACUGGGGCGGGGACGGGUCACACGAGAAGAAUCGCAUCUGGUCCGCACCGGGGAAUUCAUUCAUCAUCAACGAACCCUCGCAAUUCCUCGAUCACUACUACCACUUCUGCGCCGAGUGGUUGUUUGGCGCAUGGGCAUUCUGGCAGGGUGCAUGGAACGCGAACGUGGAUCCGCAGAACGCCGCGCUCACGUCGGCGCCGCCCGUCCACCGCGCCAUAUUUGCCAACGCGGGCGCGCACGGUUGGCGCGACCGCCCCGGCUUCAACUCGUACGUCUUCCGCUCCGCAUUCCCGGCGCUUACGGUCGAGGUCCUCGAAGACUGGGAGGACCGGAUCAUCGCGACGUCGUCGCCCACUGCUCCGCGCCGCGCAUGGCAUUUCGACACCGUGCUCUUCUCCGACCGCUCGGCGUCGUUCCGUGGGCCGAUCUGUGGGUCUCAGACGCAGCGGAUCGCCGCGGAGGCCACGGAGCACAUGCGCAAGGCGGGCAACCUCACGAAGCUGUGGUGGGAGCCCGUUCGACGCGCGGUGUUGCGUUUCGCGGGCGUUGAUGAGCGCAUCCAGAACGUCGGGGUCCGGGCGGAUACGUACAUGGCGGGGCGUACGGGGCUGCUAGCUGGGCAGGCAGAGGGGACUGGGACGCGGGCGACGUCGGGCAUGCGGGACUCGGAGGUCGUGAUCACGUACAUCAGCAGGCAGGCGUCACGGAGACACUUGCUGGACCCUGACCACACUGCGCUCGUGGCGGCCCUGGAGGAGAUGGUGAAGAAGCAUGGGUGGGAGUUGAACGUCGUACAGGCGGAGAAGCUGAGCAAGGAGCAGCAGCUUGCUAUAGCGGCGCGCACAACGGUCAUGCUCGGAGUGCAUGGAAACGGCUUGACGCACCUCAUUAUGAUGCCUGUUACCCCUGUGUCGACGGUCAUUGAGAUCUUUUAUCCGGGAGGAUUCGCACACGACUACCACUGGACAGCACACGCCCUUGGCAUGCGGCACUUCGCGAUAUGGAACGACACGUACCACACGUAUCCCAACGAGCCACAGGUGAACUACCCAGAAGGCUUCCAGGGCACAGAGAUCCCUGUGUACCCGCCAACAGUCGUAAAGGUCAUCGAGGACCGGAUAGCGGGCUUGCACCCUCUGUAAGCCCUUGCGCGCAUGCUUCCCAGGGCGUCGCGCUUCCUGCGAGCUCCCUUUGCUCCCUCCCCUCGACCCAAAACGACUCGCCAUGCCGUUGCAGCCGUGGCUCUGCGUAGCGACACAUCUCAGUCUUCGCGCCCUUCCCCACGCCUCGGCGCCUGCUCUAUGCUCUCGAUGCGCCCUUGUUGUAUCACCCCCGCCACUACCCUUCGGCACCUCCCCCUGGUGCCCUCCACGCCUUCCCAAGGUACUAAUACGCCGCGUCUGUUCGCCACGCAACCCCGGCCUACCCGCUAUACUCGAUACCGCUCGCUCCUCCGCGCAGCUGCCACUCUUUAGUCUCUUCCC